AUGGACUUCUUGAUGGUGUCCUGAAGCUAUACAGGCUUCACAAUGGUAAUACACGGUUACGGGAACAACGUCCCUGUCCAAUGUCCAGUCGUGGGCCGCAUGGAGGACAUUGGAUGGAAUCUUCAGUGUCCAAUGACAGACCAGAGGUCUAGACAGCCAGUGAACAAUGUGGCUCUUAGUGCUCCGAGUGUUUAUCGUGAAAUCCCUCCAGUGGAGUGCUAUCCCGGAAUUUAUUAUGCCCCCAAAGCGCAGUAUUUUCCUCCUCAAGUGGUAUAUCCUCGGCCGGUUCCUCAAUUCCAGGCGCCUGUUUUGCCUAACUUGCCGUGUAACCAGACGCAAGAGUGGGAUUACGGGAGUAUGUGCUACAAUGUGAAUGGCCAGCCUUGCCAGUACACCAACGUUGUCGACUUGGAAGAUUUUAUGAACAAUGAGAAACGCAAGGAGAAAUCCCGCGUCGCAGCGAGAUGUCGCCGUACGAAGGAGAUGCAGAUCUUCUCGGAGCUGAUGGAACAGUUGCCCGCCAAGAAGGAAGAGGUGGAACAGCUCGACAAGGCUUCCGUGAUGCGUCUCGCUAUAUCCUACCUCAGGGCCCGGGACGUGGUUUCACUGCUCCCCAACGCUACAAAGGACCAGCCGAAGGUAGAAAAUCCCAAAGGCGUGGAAGAACUGUCAUCAGAGCUGUCCUACAUGAAGGCUUUGGACGGAUUCGUCCUCGUGCUUUCCCAGCAAGGCGACAUCGUUUACUGUAGUGAAAAUAUCGCCGAUCACCUUGGAGUCUCACAGAUGGAAAUCAUGGGUCAAAGCGUGUUCGAGUUCAGCCAUCCCUGCGACCAUGACGAGAUUCGCGAGGCUCUGCGCUCAAACGGUCAGCAAGACGGUCGGCGAGAUUUACUACUCCGUCUGAAGUGUACGCUCACAAGCAAGGGACGCAAUGUGCAUCUCAAGUCCGCCUCUUUCAAGGUUAUCCACGUGACGGGUCACAUGCUGGUCCCACCAGAGACCAAAAAAGCCGAGAAAUCUGAAGAAGACAAAAAAGACGAGAAAUCUGCCAAGCUGCCUUCGCUGGUCGCAGUGGGCCGUCCUAUACCACACCCGUCUAACAUAGAGAUACCGCUGGACAGCAAGACUUUCCUGACCAAGCACAGCCUGGAUAUGAAGUUCACAUACACUGAUGAAACUCUAUCAAAGACGCUGGGUUUCGGCAAGGACGAUUUGGUGGGUCAUUCCCUUUACGACUACCACCACUCGGCUGAUUGUGCAUCGUUGGUUCAUCAAUUCAAAUCAUUGUUCUCCAAAGGACAAUGCGAGACCGGCCAGUACCGCUUCCUCGCCAAGACUGGUGGAUACGCCUGGGUACAAACCCAGGCCACCGUCAUCACAGACAAGCAGCAGAAACCUGUCAGCGUCGUCUGCGUCAAUUACAUCAUAAGCGCUAUCGAGUGCAAAGAUGAGGUGUUCUCCGCACACCAACUCCAACAUGCGGACUUGAAGCCUCUGCCCGUACCGCCUGCCGCAUUUGAGCCUCCAGCGAACGGAGCUAUAGUAGCUGUGGUGCCUGCUACAGGAGAAAUCUUUGCACCUAGAGAGAAAGACAUGAACAAGGGUUAUCUCUCGCUAGCACAAUCCAAGGGACAUACAAUGCUUAAAGACGAGCCUGAUGAAGAAGAUCUUACUUAUCUGGCGCCCACGGCCGGUGACACUUGCAUCCCACUUGAGAACAGUCCGUUUGACAUGUUCGAUGACUUCAUUCUUGGCGACAAUUACUGCAGCCUCUUAGGCGACGACCUUGCUAAUGGUUCACCUGUGGACUCCUUAACUGCCGAUUCUUUAUUACUAUCCUCACCUGAACCUCAGGAGAGUGACUCAUCAUGUGAGCAGUCGUCAAUACUGACAGAACUUUCCCUGGAUGCGUUAGAUAGCGUAAGGUCAGACAACGACAUCGAUGAUGGACACUCACCGUUCAUCCCUCUUACCGAUGAGCUGCCAGUACUGGAGCCGGCGGUCAUGUGGGCGGCGUUUCCAGAUAACGUCAGCAUGGCUAGACCACAGCCAACAACCACACAGACGCAACAGAGCGAUUCGCCGGCCCCGGCGCUACAGCGCCUAUUAGCAGCGCCGCCCACAGGCCCUCCGCCACAAGAUCUCAUUACAAGCAUAUACUCAGAUCAAGGUUUAAUACCAAGCGGAAGCAUAUCGUCUUGGGAGACAGGCGUCAAACGCGUGUUGAACCAGGAAGAGGAGCCCCGGGCGAAACGUGCCAAGCGCAGCCCGUCCCCGGCUUUAGAAGUACGAAGCCCGCCGUCCUCGAGCGUCCUCAUGAACCUUCUGGAUGUAUCGCAGCCAAUGCAGGUGAAGCCGGGACAGUACAGGUUGGUGGUCAACCAAGAGAUGCCGAUCAACAACAUCGUCCCCGUGCCGGUCAUGAACCUCAUGCAGAAACAUCCCCCGAAACCCAUACACAACUCAAACCUCAUACCGAGUUCUAAUCUUAUACCCAAAUCUAACAUGAUACAAUCAAACCUGAUACCAACAUCAAACUUGAUACCGAAGUCAAACAUGAUACCGACCCCAAAUCUGAUACGUAACGUCACUAAUCCUAUGUCUCCACUUACACUUAAUAUAGGGAGCCCCAUGUAUUCGCUUCCGUCGAGCCCUAAUACUCCCAAUUAUAGUCCAGCCAUGAGUCCCGCCCAAAGGGAGCGCGUACUCAGCCCGUAUCGUCCUCAAUCUGUAUCGCCUGUUGGCAAAUUCAAGCAGAUGUACAGCCCCGGUAGACUUCUGUCACCCAUAGGCGUCAUACACGGCAGCGACCCGUAUCUGACCAAUAAAAUGACACCGAGCCCUAACUACCCGCAACAAGUCGACAUGCUCAUAGACAACAAUGUAAGUCUUGCUUCGACAGACUUCUGGACCGAUACAGAAAUGCUGACUGAGACCAAUCUUCUUGAAGCUUUAGACGACGUUAAACUCGUCUAGAACUUGGCACUUUAGAGUGAUUUCUCAAUCAAUAGCAUAAUUUAUUGUCAUCCCUAACACCUAAAAUAUGGUGCUAUCAAAUCACGAAAAUACCUCCAACCCAGAUCCACGUUCCGUGCGCGAAAUGUUUGACAUUUUAUUUGAGGACUCAUUUUUGUAGAAAUCACUCUGGCUGAUGCAGGGUCUGAAAGGGUAGAAACAAUAAAAUACCAAACGGAUUCCGAGUAAUUGCAAACCAACCGGCAACAUUAUAUUUUCACUGAGCGCAAGCUGUUCCAACCGACAAUUGGACAAAGGUUUUCAAUUGAAUAUUUUUUUGUUACUGAAAACCCCGUAAUUUAUUAACCCAUUACAUAUUUUUUUACAUAUAUACAUAUUUGAAAUGAAAAGCUGAUGAAAUAAUGACACCAAUUUAAGUUGGUUAUUGAAAGUUUUAAAAAUGCAUAUUGUAUAUUUUGCGGAAAAGCAUUGUAUACUGGAAUCCAAAAUGAUGUAACAAUAAUAUACAUGUGACUUGGCAGGAAAAUUUCGUACUCUUAAGGACAUUAUUAUAAAAAAAGUAUACAUGUAAUACCGUUGUCAAAUAGUAGUUUUAAUGUUAGCAUAAUCAUGAAAAAUUAUCGUUAUUUUAUAUUUUAAAGCGCCCCCUCACCAUAGAGAAAUAAGUAAGCAUAGGUAGUGCUCACUCCAUACAUCAGUUGUCUUACCAAAAGCUUAUUAUUUUCGUAGUCGACAUCUAGAGUCAAGUAGCAAAUUUAUCAGUACCGCUACCGGACAAUAGAUGUCACGAGUGUCGCGACUGGCCAAAAGUAAACUAUUGUCAAGUAGCACUACUGAUAAAUCCGCUACUUGACGCUAGAUUUCGACUAAGAAAAUAAUAAGCGUUAUAGUUAGAAAACUAAUGUAUGGAGUGUGCUCAUUUUAUGUUUACUUUUUUCUCUAUGGGGCUAACGCAAAAUUUAAGUUUUUAUAUUGGAUUUUUACACGUUUCAAUCAAGGGCAAAUGCCAUGUAAAAUAAAAAACACUCGGGAACGAGACUAUUUGCGAGGGCUAACUCUAAGAUAAACCUUAAAAGGUUAAUCUUGGAUCGAUACAAAAAAACGAAAACAUGUAUUUUCAUUUGUUUUCAGUUCUUACCCUGUAUAAGUAUACCAUAGCACUUAUAGCAGUAUAAUUUUAGUAUAAAAUAGCUAAUAUUCCUUUCUCCUGGCUUUACGCCCCCUCUACCCAUUCAGCGCUAAUCAAGACACGUUGUCGUUUUGCCUCUACGAAGCACAUCCUCUACAUAAUGAGAAACCUAUGUUAUCGGCUACGACGUAGCGCUACGACCGUAGCUCAGCGGUGAAUGUGUUAAGAGAAGAUCUUUAUAUCCUUUAUAGUGCAAGUAACGGCCAUAUGGUGCAUCUAACGGCUGCCUAGCCAUUGACACCUUGAAAAGCAAUCAAAAGAAUCUGCAGCAGUUAAUCAAUUGAAACUAGUUCUCCCAUCGAAAUAUCGCUUUUAUCCUCCAAUAAUAUGAUUAAAUUGGAAGAAAAUUGGCGUAUGAUUUUACUUAAACUUAGUGUCAUAAAUUCUCAUUUAGUGGCGAGGUAUAAUAUUUUCAUAUUUUUAUAUCGUAUCGAAGUAAAUAGAUACAUUCGUAAUUUAAGAGAAUACACGGUUAUAAAUGACGUGACCAUCGUUUUAAUGUACUGGAAAAUGUAUUAUUUCCAAAUGUAUAGCCAUUAAGUUGUUAAAAAUUAUAAGUGAUACAUAUGAAAACAUCUGUUAAAUGCACAUAAAAUAAUUUGUUUGAUCAAAAAGCUUACUCACUUAGGAUUUAAGGAUUACAUAUUUUGUUACGGUGUCGUACCGAGUCUACCUGUAAUAUUUGUUAAAUAAGCAACAAUAAUUAAUGCGGCAUGAUAGUUUGAUGUCUAGGGUAUUUUAUGCGAUAUUAUAUUUAUAACAAAAAUGUUACAAAAAUUAAAAGUAACAUGUAAACAUCUAUAGUCUGGCCAAACAUGCGUGUCAAUAAAACAUGUGAAAUAUUUAUUCAAUCCUUUCCUUAGAGCGAUAAUAAUAUAGAAAUAAGUAAGCAUAGAGUACUCACUCCAUACAUCAUCAGUUUUGGUACCAAAACGCUUAUUUUCGUAGUCGACAUCUAGCGUCAAGUAGCGAACUUGUCAGUACCGCUACUUGACAAUAGAUGUCACAAGUUUCGUGACUGACGAAAAGUGUAUUGCUCAAUUUGCAACUAAUAUUACAAACAGAAAGAAUUAGCUGAAAAUUGCUGAGCAUUAGACUUUUCGUUCGUCGCGUCAUAUAUAUCUUGACUUGUCAAAUAGUAGUACUGAUAAGUCCGCUACUUGACGCUAGAUGUAGACUACGAAGAUAAUAAGCGUUUUUUUGUAGCAAAACUGAUGUAUGGAGUGAGCACUCUAUGCUUCCUUAUUUCUCUAUGAUAAUAGUAAGAAUUCACUGGAAUCUUUAAACUAAGUUAUUGUGACAUUAUUGGAUGUCCCAAGUAGUCCCAACUAUAAUUACCAAUUAUGUGUAGUCUUAAAAAGAAGUAUAUCGAUGUGAAAUUGUACUUGUUUCUUCAUAUUCUAAAAAUAUCUAAAACUAAUUAUUUUCUAUACAAUUUUGUAUCGAUACUUCUGUCUAGGCUCGAAUAACAAGUGUGGUUAUUUAUCUUCUUUUACUUAUGUAGAAUUACAUAAUGUAAGUAUAUACCUGUCCACAGAACGUACACUUCAAUACAAGUACAAUGUAUGAACCUACAGAGAAAUAUUUAUCGCAAAUAAAUGCAAUUAGUUUUCAUUUACAUCUAAUCUCGUUGGUUAUAUUAAUUAAGUUAUAAUUUAAGGUAGUUUUAAGAUUGGAUUGUUUAUAAUGUUUUAUAAGUGGACAUAGCUAAGCAUUUUCUGUCGUUGGUGUUAUGAAUGCCCGCCUGAUUGUCAUAGAAAUCGAUUUUGGACUAUGGAAAUAGUUUAUUUAUAUUUUUAUAUGAAUACAGUUUUCAUAAUUAAAAUUCGGUACACGGCGGGAAGAAAUUUGAACUUAAAAUAGUGUUGCAUAAGGUUCCAAUUUCUUCAAUUUUAUAUCUCGAGUUAUCAACUUCCCGCCGUGUACGAAAUUAACCCACAAUAGGUAUAUUAUGAGUAAGUGAUAGAGAAAGCAAAAUCGAUUCAAGUAAGUUUAAACGUGUUUUUUUUUUUACUUCUACCGGUUUUGCAAUCUCCAUUGAAAAAUAAAACAUACUGCCAAUUUUCAUGUUAAACAAAUAAUUAAAAUAAGUUUUUAGUAUACGGUUUACGUUAAGAAUUAUAUAUUGCACAUUAUAAAGCUAAUUCUUUGCGAAGUAUUUCAAUUUACGUCAGCCUUGUGCCAUAAAGCAUUUUGUUACCUUCUUAUCCUGACUUGUGAUGAAAUGGCGAAUUAUAUAUUACAAACUUUGGAAUUAUAUUGAACGAAAUUGUAAAUAAAAUAAAUAUUGUUUUAUAAAAUACACGAGUAUUUAGAUAUUAAAUUUAUUGUCUUUAA